CGUGUCAAAUCUGUAACUCACUCCUUAGACGUAUUUCCUUCCUUAAAGUUGAACUUGUCUCAGAGUCAGACAGCCGUGGACCACUGGAAUAUUUUUGUGUGAUUUGAGGACAUCUUUGUCAGUAUACGGUAGAAGGUUAUUCUAUGUUGUUUACAACUAUGGGAAGCCUGACAAAUAUGCCAGUAAAGGAGGAAAUGUCAGAGACCAUGCCUCCCCCCCUGCUGGACCCUAAGAUGUACAUCCGUAAGAUGCCGUACACGGUGCUGAAGAUGGUAGCCAUGGAGCUGGACCCCCCCGGCCAGCUGAAGGGAUGGCGCGACCUGGCCUGUCUCAUCACCAAAGGACACGGCAGCAGUGAGCCCAGAUAUAACGUCACCAAGAUGAAUAUGUUUGACAUGGAGUAUAUGAAGAGAGACGGGAGCCCGACCAUAGCCCUUCUGCAGGACUGGGGAACACAGAACACCACAGUACAGGAACUGGUGGAGGUCUUACUACAGGGGGAGUUCUACAGAGUCGCUAACAUGCUCAUACCAGGUUCAGCCCCUACAGAAGACACAGCCCUGAUAGCUACAGAAGGCACGGCUCCCCUAAACGUCUCAGAACAGCCAACACUGCCCCAGGAACCUCUCAGUCCCAGGACACCCACCCAAUCAGACUGGCCGGGGGAGACCAGACCUGGGGAGGAGAGCAGCUAUGUCGUUCAGUACGAGUUGGCCUCAAGUUCCACAAAUGCAGAGUCACCUGUACAGGAGUCACCAGGGGGUUCUAAGGGUGGUGUACAGGAGUUUAGGUAUUCUGAGCUACAGAUGAUCACCAAUAGUUUUAAUGGCAAUAAGCUAGGAGAGGGAGCCUUUGGAACAGUGUACAAGGGAACUCUCACAUCCAGUACUGUAGUCGCUGUGAAGAGGCUAAAGAAGCCUUCUGACCAGAUGACAGCACAUGCCAGUAAAGCCUUCAGACAGGAGAUCAGUGUACUCUCCAGAUUUUCCCAUGAGAACCUGGUCCCUCUGAUUGGCUACUCCAUAGACAACACUCAACACCCCUGUCUGGUCUACCUCUACAUGGAGAAUGGUUCGCUCCAGGACAGGCUCAGCUGUAAGGAUGGUAAACCACCGUUGACCUGGCUGGCCAGACUGGCCAUCGCCCAGGGUACAGCUGCCGGCAUCUGUCACCUGCAUGAGCAUGAGUACGUUCAUAGAGACAUUAAAAGUGCAAACAUCCUUCUAGACAGAAACAACACUGCUAAAGUAGGAGACUUCGGGUUGGUCAGGGUAGUCCCGUCCGAGGCCACCAGCCAGCUGACCACUACUGUGUUUGGCACCAGCGUGUACAUGGCUCCUGAGGCUAUGAGAGGGGAGGUCAGCCCCAAGCUCGAUACCUACAGCUUUGGAGUGGUUCUCUUGGAGCUGAUCACAGGCCGACCUGGAUGGAAAGAAAAUGAAAAAGACUUGGUGAGUUGGAAGGAGGAUGUGUGUGAUGAUGAUGAUGACAUCCUCCCCCAUGCUGACCCCCAGGCUGGGGAGCCCACACCGUCUCUUAUAACGGCUCUCUUCACCCUCUCUAACCAGUGUUUGGAGUACAAAAAGAAGGACAGACCAGAGAUGAUCACAGUGAAAAAGAACUUGGACUGUAUUUGAGAUUUUAAGAGAGUAGAGUGGGAGGGAUGCUGCUUUGCAUGCCCGUAGCCAGGAUUUUGAAUGGGGGGGUUCUUCCCACUGCUUGAGGGACCAGCGAGCGCUGUAGGAGCAAGGUUCCUAGGGGGGGUCUGCCACCCCGGCAAAUUUAGAAAAAUAAACCUUCUGAAAUGGCAUUUCCUGUGUUUUUGACAGGAUUUCAAAGAAAAAUCAGACACGACUUUUUCAUUCAA